ACAAUGAUGGGGAAAAUGGAAUCCUGAGACCGUACCCAACUAUUCAAGCGAAUUUGUGAGAAUAAAACUACCAAAGUCCAAGAUAACGAAUAACGACACAAAUACAAGACAGCAGCUGGAUCGUGGUGACUCAGCGAUAGACAGCGUUUAUCUCCAACUUCUCUCCCUUCGACACCUGAUGGAGGGCUCCGACAGUUCCGAGCCGGGCGCCAGUGACCAACCAGAGGCCCAGCGCAGGCGGCAACGGGACCGGCUAGACCGGGAGGAGGCCUUCUACCAGUUUGUCAACAACCUGAGUGAGGCAGACUACCGGCUGAUGAGAGACAACAACCUGCUGGGUACCCCAGGUGAGAUCACAGCAGAGGAGUUGUUGAGUCGGCUGCAGCAGAUUAAGGAUGGACCAGAGCAGCAGCAGCCUAGCAUCAACACCAGUGAGACUGGAGAAGCUACAGGAGAACUGGCAGAAGGUCCAGAGGACCCGUCUAACGGCGACACCCUCUUGGAUUGGCUGAACACCGUCAGGCGGACAGGCAACACCACCCGCAGUGGUCACCGAGGCAACCAGUCGUGGCGGGCGGUGAGCCGGACCAACCCAAACAGCGGAGACUUCCGGUUCAGUCUGGAGAUCAACGUUAACCGUAACCUGGCGGAGCAGCAGGCCCGCGCGGAGGGGGAGGCGCAGGAGGAGGCCGCAACAAGAGCACCUGACAAUGGGGUGGAGGUCCAGCCUGAGGCGGGGACGGAGGUACCCAUGGAGACAGGAGAGGUGCUGGAGGAGCCAGUUGUGGAGGAGCUGGCUGUCAUAGUGGAACCAGAAGCAGAGAUGGAGCCAGAGGCUGAAGUAGAAGCUGAGCCAGAACUAGAAGCAGAGAUGGUCCCAGAGUUAGUAGUAGAGGUAGUCCCACAGCCGCCCAGCCCUGUCACCACCACCCCUCCUGUCUCCAGACCAGCCAGUCCCCUGGUGCAGGCCCCUCCAGCCACCCCGGCCCCUGCCCCUCCCAGCCCUCCCCCUGAGGAGCCUCCGCGACGUGGCCAGAGACGAGCCCGCAGCCGUAGCCCCGAGCAGCGCCGGACCAGGGCUCGCACCACACGGAGCCGUUCCCCCCUCACCCUGGACCGACUGGACGGCCUCCCCCGCCAAAUGCCCACCGCAGCCACCACACACAGCCCCGCCACCCAGGCCCCCGCAGAGGGAAGCUCACGGACUCGACAGCAUGUUCUGUCCCGGCAGAGCACCGCAGAGUACGAGGCCCAGUCAGCCGGAACAGGGUUUGACACAGGUUCUGGGAACGCCCCAGAGCCCGUUACCACCCCACCCCAGGAGGGAGAGGCCGCGGGCACGGAGGGAGCAGCGGGACGACGUCCCCCCACCAUCAUGCUGGACCUGCAGGUGCGUCGUGUUCGUCCAGGUGAGUACCGCCAGAGGGACAGCAUUGCUAACAGAACCCGCUCACGCUCCCAGAACUCCAACAACACCUUCCUGUACGAGAGUGAGAGGGGGGGAUUCCGCAGGACCUUCUCCCGGUCCGAGCGUGCGGGUGUGAGGACGUACGUCAGCACCAUCAGGAUCCCCAUCAGGAGGAUCAGUGACGCAGGGUUGGGAGAGGCCACCUCCAUGGCUCUGCAGACCAUGAUACGACAGAUCAUGACCGGCUUCGGAGAGCUCAGCUACUUCAUGGACUCAGACUCUGACUCCUCGGACUCAAACCGUGGCGGUGGUAACCCCACUGGCGCUGCCGACCUGGCCGAGGCGCUCAACACUCCCGAGGGGGGAGUAGCCGGUAUGGCGGAGGGGGCGGAGCCUCCUGUCUCAGUGAGCGGGCAUAGUAUGGGAGGAGCCGGGGAGGCAAGGACAGAGGAGAGGGAGGUGGAGGACGGGAUUGGUCUGGGUCUGGCCCCAGGGAUAGGUUUAGGGGUGGGGGGCACCCCCAGGGAGGGGCGAGCUCGGCCCCGUGCCCCCAUCAGUUUGGAGGAACCAGGGUCACUACCCUUCCUCCGCCUUGCUCACUUCUUCCUCCUGAAUGAUGAGGAUGAGGAACAGCCCAGAGGACUCACCAAGGAGCAGAUCGACAACCUCUCCACCAGGAACUUUGGGGAGAGUGAUGCUCUGAAGACCUGCAGUGUGUGUAUCACAGAGUAUGCUGAGGGGAACAAGUUGAGGAAGUUGCCCUGUUCUCAUGAGUACCAUGUUCACUGUAUCGACCGCUGGCUGUCUGAGAACUCCACCUGUCCUAUCUGCCGCAGGGCCGUGCUGGUGUCUGCUAACCGGGAGAGUGUGGUCUAACCUGGAGAGCUAGAGGUCAGGGGUCAGCGGUGCUCCAGGCAGACAGCUCCAGUAUAUAACACGGUGUCAGUUCUGCAGGCAUUUCUCCUAGUCAGACCAUUUACAUUGUUCAUGUUUUUCUUCUUAAGCCAUCAGUGAGUUUUAUCCAACUGACAUGCCGGUGUUUGGACAGACUGACAGACAAGACCGAGUCUAGACUGACAGGAAGAAAGGUGAUGUCCUCAUAGACUCUGUAGGAAGAGACGUGAGAAAGAGAUGCAACUGUCCCCUGUUGGCUAACAGACCCCAACUCUCCCUUGCCUGUCUUACCCCAAAAGGGACUCCACUGUCCCCACCUCACCCUGCUCUCCACCUGAAAGAUGAACUGCAUUUAUCAAUACUCUGGAACGGCUCACAGACUGUCAGUGUGUCAAAGCUUGCUGAAUCAGUUUUUAAGUUAACACUGUGGAAUGUUGUACAGGCUUUAAUGGGGAGAACAAGAUGUGACGGACUUGGAUUCCGUUUGGAAUUCUUAGCUAUCAGUUUAUUUGGAAUCGUAUUGCGUCAUAUUCAGGACAUCGGACCAAUAGUACUGAUUGUUGAUUAUGUUGAACCGUCGUUGAGAUGGGAUGUAGGUAUCUGUUAACUGAUGCUAGUGUGUAGUCUGACUCUAGCCCAUCACCAUGAAGCAUCGAUCUGGCCUGUUUCUAUUUCUGCCCUCUGACAGUGUUUCAUCAUGACCUGGCCUGUGUACACAAAGCAUAUCACAGUAUCAGUGGGGAUCUAGGAUCAGUCCGUCAGUGGGGAUCUAGGAUCAGUCCGUCAGUGGGGAUCUAGGAUCAGUCCGUCAGUGGGGAUCUAGGAUCAGUCCGUCAGUGGGGAUCUAGGAUCAGUCCGUCAGUGGGGAUCUAGGAUCAGUCCGUCAGUGGGGAUCUAGGAUCAGUCCGUCAGUGGGGAUCUAGGAUCAGUCCGUCAGUGGGGAUCUAGGAUCAGUCCGUCAGUGGGGAUCUAGGAUCAGUCCAUUAUUGGGUAUCUAGGAUCAGUCCAUUAUUGGUAAUCUAGGAUCAGUCCAUUAUUGGGGAUCUAGGAUCAGUCCAUUAUUGGGGAUCUAGGAUCAGUCCAUUAUUGGGGAUCUAGGAUCAGUGGUGAUCUAGGAUCAGUCCAUUAUUGGGGAUCUAGGAUCAGUCCAUUAUUGGGGAUCUAGGAUCAGUCCGUCAGUGGGGAUCUAGGAUCAGUCCGUCAGUGGAGAUCUAGGAUCAGUCCAGUCCAUAUAAUCUUAUUCAUUAUGACCUAAAAGGGCCAACUGAUCCUAGAUCAUCACUCCUACUCUGGGACACUUUAUGGAUACGGGCCCUGAAUGAUAACGACGACCUCCUAGUGAUCCUAACCCUGUCACUAUGACAACCUGUUGGUUCUGCUACCAUGUGACCAGGAAGUGAACAGAGGGCUGCAUUAUGGCUCCGUCUCCACCACCCUAUCUCUAUAUAGUGCACUACCCAUAGGACUCUGGUCAGAAGUACUGCUCUAUAUAGGGAAUAGUGACAUUUGGGAUUCACAUUUAUGGGUUCCAUGUGGUGUUGCAUGAAGGAUCUGGAUUUAGACCCCUGCCAGGCCAGACCCCGGCCAGGGUUAGACCCCGGCCAGGUUAGACCCAGGCCAGGCUACUGCCUCUGUCCUGUGUUUUGGCCUAGAACUUCUACCACCAAGAGACAUCUUUAUAUCUGGAACACCAGUGCAAUAACUACAAAGUGGGAAAACUGAAGAAGUGUAAUAUUCUAAACUUGUAUAUUAUUUCUAAAAUAUUGUAGACUGAAUAUUCACAGUUAAAAUGAAGACUUGUUCCCUUUUAAAAAUGUGUUAAGCUUUUUAUUUUCUAGAGCUGGGUUCUUUCUGUACAUUCUGAUAGCACUAUUCCUUGGCGAGCGGUGGGCCUGUAGGAUGAUGUACGUUGGCUGUACACACAGACGGAGGGUUCCAUGCCAUGAUGACAUCACAUUAUUCUAUAGGUUCCAUGUGUUCUCACGGUUGCCGUCGUUACCUCCUCCCUGUAUAAAUAAAGUUUUGGGUGGUUGAAGCUCUG